CUCCACAAUUGAGAUAAGUAGGCUGAGUUCAAAGACCAUUUAUUUAUAGUGCUCCAAUGCAAAUGAGGGAUGGAGACUUCUCACUUUUGAUUGGGUAAGACCAGUAGAAUUUCACUAAGGUCUGGAGGGAGCGGUUUAUGCAAAUAAGGGAUACACAUUUUCUCUUUCUAUUGGAUAGAGAAGCAUCGUACUUUUGACCAAUAGGAAACCUAGCUCCCGCGUCCCUCUACCGUCUAUUAAAAAAAGUUUUUUUCCACGCCUUGGUCAUUCAGCGUUUACUCUUGUGCUCAGACGUUUUGUAGGGUUUUGCAAGUAACUAUGUCUGGACGUGGUAAACAAGGAGGCAAAACUCGAGCUAAAGCCAAAACUCGGUCUUCUCGGGCUGGCUUACAGUUUCCAGUCGGGCGAGUGCACCGCUUGCUCCGUAAGGGCAACUAUGCCGAGCGGGUUGGAGCCGGCGCUCCGGUGUACUUGGCAGCGGUGCUGGAGUACCUGACGGCCGAGAUUCUGGAGCUGGCGGGCAACGCGGCCCGGGACAACAAGAAGACCCGCAUCAUCCCGCGUCACCUGCAGUUAGCCAUUCGCAAUGACGAGGAACUCAACAAACUGCUGGGCAAAGUCACCAUCGCUCAGGGCGGCGUCCUGCCCAACAUCCAGGCGGUGUUGCUGCCAAAGAAGACCGAGAGUCACCACAAGCCGAAGGGGAAGUAAAGCCUAGACAAAAGAAGAAACAGCUGCCUAAAGGCUCUUCUCAGAGCCAUCCAUAUUUUC